AUGGGUAUCGACUGCCAUGGCCGAGCUCAAACCAUUCAACACAAACUCGACGCUCUGACAUCUAGCUCCUGUAACGUGCUUCCAGGACACAUAUGGCCUGCCAAUUAUGUUUGCAGAAUGUGCAAGGGUAAGGGAAAUCAAGAACUCCAAACGUUUGCAGUUCUUCCAAACACAGAAGAAGAAGAAGAAGCAGAAAACACGAUGAAAGGAACAGAGGAGAGAACAUUGUAUCAUCCAAAGUGCACUUUUGUUUCUGAACUCGAGACGUUUCCUUUAUACACAGCCAGAUAA